GGGAUCGCCUUUGAGUGACUUUUGGCUCACUUUCAGAGCUUCGGAGACGAAACGCGAAAACAAACGCUCUUUGAUUCGAUGACCAAAACAGAAGACGGAAGAGAUCUCGAUCUUCGCGAACGAAUCGUGCGUCUGAAGCGAUUCGUGGCGCGACCCAAGACUUACGCCAAACGCGCGCCGAAGUGCGACCCGAAGACUGAGCACACGUUUGCCUGCGUUUGGCCGCAAUGUCACAAACAGUUCAAAGCCAAAGUCGAUAUGAAGACACAUCUGUGGCGUCACACCGGAGACAAGCAAUACGUGUGCGAAUGGCCGGGUUGCGGCAAACGGUUUCCCAUAAAACGCAAUUUGACGCGACAUCGAGAGACACACGAAGGCACGAAAGCGUUCGCCUGUGAUUGGCCCGGUUGCGAUUACAAGUCGUGGUAUCCGCAGGGCGUGAGAGCGCACAAGAAGAGACACACGGAUGAGCGGCCGUACAAGUGUCGGCACUGCGAGUGGACGUUCCGCCAGAGCCACCACUUGAAGGCGCAUACGUUGAAACACACGGGUGAGAAGCCGUUCGGUUGCGAACACGAGGGAUGUGUCCAACGGUUCCAAUCGCGACAAGCGAUGAAAUUCCACUUCGAGAGGACUCACAGAGCGAAGGACGAGACGAUGGGUUGAAACUGCAAUUGUUGUCAUUUAUUCAAAUAAACUUUAAUCCAAAC